AUGGGGAAACAGAACAGCAAGCUGCGGCCAGAGAUGCUGCAGGACCUCCGGGAGAAUACCGAGUUCUCGGACCACGAGCUGCAGGAGUGGUACAAGGGUUUUUUGAAGGAUUGCCCCAGCGGAACCCUGAAUGUGGAGGAGUUCAAGAAGAUUUACGCCAAUUUCUUCCCCUACGGUGACGCCUCCAAGUUCGCUGAGCACGUCUUCCGAACUUUUGACACCAACGGCGAUGGGACGAUAGACUUCCGGGAGUUCAUCAUUGCCUUGAGCGUGACGUCACGAGGCAAGCUGGAGCAGAAGCUGAAAUGGGCCUUCAGCAUGUACGACCUGGACGGAAAUGGGUACAUCAGCCGCGAGGAGAUGCUGGAGAUCGUACAGGCCAUCUACAAGAUGGUGUCAUCUGUGAUGAAGAUGCCAGAAGAUGAAUCCACGCCAGAGAAGAGGACAGAUAAGAUCUUCCGACAAAUGGACCUCAAUAAUGAUGGCAAAUUGUCCCUGGAGGAGUUUAUCAAAGGUGCCAAAAGCGACCCCUCCAUCGUCCGGCUACUCCAGUGUGACCCCAGCUCGGCCUCCCAGUUCUGA